AUGGAUCUGGAUGGGACUGCCUCAGGAAUCUCUGAAGCUGAUGAACACCAGAGUCCUGGGCAGGGAGAAACUCGCGAGGAUCGCAGUGGGUUGGAAGAGCAGGCAGAUGGCGAUCCUGAUGCUGUCAGGGGAAGUUUAAAUGUCCAGGAUGGCACCCAGCAAGGGGAGGAUCCAGCCACAUGGGCUGAGCCAGGGAGAGGCCCCAGUGGGAGCUCAGAACAUAGGGCCCAGGAAAGAACCCAGCUGCGGCAGAAACCCCAUUGCUGCCCUGACUGCGGGAAGGCGUUCAGCUGGAGCUCCCACCUCCUUCAGCACCAGCGGGUCCACACAGGGCAGAGGCCCUACAAAUGUUCUGACUGCGGGAAGGGCUUCACCCAGAGUUCAGACCUCAUUACCCACCAGAGAAUUCACACAGGCGAAAAACCCCACCGCUGCCACCAGUGUGGAAAGGGCUUCAGUGUCAACUCAGGGCUGGCCUGGCACUGGCGAGUCCACACUGGGGAGCGCCCCUACAAGUGCCCUGAGUGUGGGAAGCGCUUUGGUCACAAUGUCAACCUGCUGACCCACCAGCGCACGCACACAGGGGAACGCCCCUACACCUGUGCCGACUGCGGGCAGUGCUUCAGCCUGGGCUCCAUCCUGGCCGCGCACCGCCGCAGCCUGCACACAAAUGACCGGCCCUACAGCUGUGCUGAGUGCGGCAAAGGAUUUGGUCGCAGCUCAGACUUGCUGGCCCACCAGCGCAGCCACUCUGAGGAGCGGCCUUACCGCUGUGCCCAGUGUGGCAAGAGGUUCGGCCGCCGCUCCAAUCGCCUGGCGCAUCAGCGCAGCCAUACCGGGGAGCGGCCCUACCCGUGCGGGGAGUGUGGGAGGUGCUUCAGCCGGCGCUCCGACCUCAUCAGCCACUGCAGGACCCACACCGGGGAGCGGCCCUACCUGUGCGCCCAGUGCCCCAAGAGCUUUGGGCAGAGCGCCGACCUGCUGUCCCACCAGCGCACCCACACUGGGGAGCGACCCUACCUCUGCCACCAAUGUGGCCAGAGCUUCAGCCUCAGCUCCAACCUCCUGCCGCAGGAGAGACUGAAAGGGGAGAAACAACACCAGCGGGUCCACACAGGGCAGAGGCCCUACAAAUGUUCUGACUGCGGGAAGGGCUUCACCCAGAGUUCAGACCUCAUUACCCACCAGAGAAUUCACACAGGCGAAAAACCCCACCGCUGCCACCAGUGUGGAAAGGGCUUCAGUGUCAGCUCAGGGCUGGCCCGGCACUGGCGAGUCCACACUGGGGAGCGCCCCUACAAGUGCCCUGAGUGUGGGAAGAGGUUUGGUCGCAAUUUCAACCUGCUGACCCACCAGCGCACGCACACAGGGGAGCGCCCCUACCAGUGUGGGGAAUGCGGGCAGUGCUUCAGCCACAGCUCCACCCUUGCCAAGCACCGGCGGCUGCAUACAGGGGAACGCCCCUACACCUGUGCCGACUGCGGGCAGUGCUUCAGCCUGGGCUCCACCCUGGCCACGCACCGCCGCAGCCUGCACACAAAUGACCGGCCCUACAGCUGUGCUGAGUGCGGCAAAGGAUUUGGUCGCAGUUCAGACUUGCUGGUCCACCAGCGCAGCCACUCUGAGGAUCGGCCUUACCGCUGUGCCCAGUGUGGCAAGAGGUUCGGCCGCCGCUACAAUCUCCUGGCGCAUCAGCGCAGCCACACCGGGGAGCGGCCCUAUCCGUGCGGGGAGUGUGGGAGGUGCUUCAGCCGGCGCUCCGACCUCAUCAGCCACUGCAGGACCCACACCGGGGAGCGGCCCUACCUGUGCGCCCAGUGCCCCAAGAGCUUUGGGCAGAGCGCCGACCUGCUGUCCCACCAGCGCACGCACACUGGGGAGCGACCCUACCGCUGCCACCAAUGUGGCCAGAGCUUCAGCCUCAGCUCCAACCUCCUGGCCCACCGCAGGGUCCACACCGGGGAGCGGCCCUACAAAUGUUCUGACUGUGGGAAGGGCUUCACCCAGAGUUCAGACCUCAUUACCCACCAGAGAAUUCACACAGGCGAAAAACCCCACCGCUGCCACCAGUGUGGAAAGGGCUUCAGUGUCAGCUCAGGGCUGGCCCGGCACUGGCGAGUCCACACUGGGGAGCGCCCCUACAAGUGCCCUGAGUGUGGGAAGAGGUUUGGUCGCAAUUUCAACCUGCUGACCCACCAGCGCACGCACACAGGGGAGCGCCCCUACCAGUGUGGGGAAUGCGGGCAGUGCUUCAGCCACAGCUCCACCCUUGCCAAGCACCGGCAGCUGCACACAGGGGAACGCCCCUACACCUGUGCCGACUGCGGGCAGUGCUUCAGCCUGGGCUCCACCCUGGCCACGCACCGCCGCAGCCUGCACACAAAUGACCGGCCCUACAGCUGUGCUGAGUGCGGCAAAGGAUUUGGUCGCAGCUCAGACUUGCUGGUCCACCAGCGCAGCCACUCUGAGGAUCGGCCUUACCGCUGUGCCCAGUGUGGCAAGAGGUUCGGCCGCCGCUACAAUCUCCUGGCGCAUCAGCGCAGCCACACCGGGGAGCGGCCCUAUCCGUGCGGGGAGUGUGGGAGGUGCUUCAGCCGGCGCUCCGACCUCAUCAGCCACUGCAGGACCCACACUGGGGAGCGGCCCUACCUGUGCGCCCAGUGCCCCAAGAGCUUUGGGCAGAGCGCCGACCUGCUGUCCCACCAGCGCACGCACACUGGGGAGCGACCCUACCGCUACCACCAAUGUGGCCAGAGCUUCAGCCUCAGCUCCAACCUCCUGGCCCACCGCAGGGUCCACACCGGGGAGCGCCCCAUCGCCUGCCCCAUGUGCGGGAAGGGCUUCAGCCGCAGGUCGAACCUCACGAAGCACCAGCGGGUCCACACGGGGGAGCGUCCCUUCUGCUGCACCCAGUGUGGGAAAUGCUUCACUCAGAGCUCCAACCUCUGCCGGCACCGAAGAACACAUGCCGUAGGGGAGAGAUCCCACUACUGCCACCAAUGUGGGAAAGGCUUUGCUAGCCACUCACUCCUGACCAUUCAUCGGCGCAGCCACUCGGGGGAGCGGCCGUUCUCAUGUGCCCAGUGUGGGCGCAGCUUUGACCGCAGCUCCCUACUGGUGGAGCACCAGCGCACCCACACCGGGGAGCGCCCCUACCGCUGCCACCAGUGCAGCCAGGGCUUCACCCGCGCCACCCACCUCAGCCGGCACCAGCUAAUCCACCGUGGCGAGCGACCUCACGGCUGCCCCGAGUGUGGCCGGUGCUUCCGGCUCCGGGCUGCGUUAGUCAAGCACGUGCGGAGCCACACAGGGGAGCGACCCUACAAGUGUGCUGAGUGUGGGGCAGUCUUCGCCAGUGUCUCCUCCCUGGCCCGGCACCGCCGGAGCCACGCCGGUGAGAAGCCCCACCACUGCCCCGAUUGUGGCAAGAGAUUUGGGCAGAGCACUGCCUUCGCUGAGCACUGCCGCACCCACACUGGGGAGCGCCCCUACCACUGCCUGGAGUGUGGCCGCGCCUUCGCCGGCAGCUCCAACUUCAUCCGGCACCAGAGAAUCCACACCGGGGAGCGGCCCUACCAGUGCCAGGACUGCGGCCGCACCUUCCGGGUCAGCUCCAACCUGGCCAGGCACCAGAGGACUCACCACCAGGGGCUGGUGGUUACUGAGUCUGUUGACAGGACGCUGAGCAAGGAAGAUGCCAACACUGUAGGGACGUUCCAUUCUGCCCACAGCUCCCUGUGCCCAUUCCCCCUCUGGGAGAACCUGGCAGACUCCACUGGCUGUGGGGACGAGGUACUCAGGGAUCCUGCUGCUAACCCCCGGCAGGACAAGAAGCCCUUCCGGUGCAACAAAGAAGAGGUGUUUGGGGAUCCCACUCCUGCCCCUCCGCUGGACGGGCUGCUUGGAGAUCUCACCUCUGCCCCCCAGCCAGCCGAGAAGCCAUUCCGGUGCAGCGAGUGUGACAAGACCUUUGGGCAGAGCUCCCACCUGCUGCAGCACCAGAUCACGCACACCGGGGACCGUCCCUACCAGUGCCCUGACUGCGGCAAGCGCUUCAGCUGGAGCUCAGCCCUGUGCCAGCACCAGCGCAUUCACCGCGGGGAACGCCCCUACCAGUGCGCUGACUGUGGCAAGCGCUUCGCCCAGAGCUCCAACCUGACCACGCACCGGCGCACCCACACGGGCGAGAAGCCCUACCGCUGCCCACAGUGCGGCCGCGGUUUCAGCCAGAAUGCCAACCUGCUGACCCACCAGCGGGUGCACGCAGGGGUCAAGCGCCACGAGUGCCCCCAGUGCGGACGGGUCUUCGUGGAGCGCUCGUCCCUGCUCAAGCACCAAGGCGUGCACUUGGCGGAGAAGCCAUACCAGUGCCCCGAGUGCGGGCGCAGCUUCACACAGGGCUCCACACUGGCCCAGCACCUCCGCAUCCACACCGGUGAGAAACCAUACCAGUGCGGUGAGUGUGGGAAGUGCUUUGGGCAGAGCUCGGCCCUGGCCCAGCACCGCCGGGCCCACACAGGUGAGAGAUCCUACCACUGCCACCAAUGCGGCAAGGCCUUCAGUCAGAGCUCCAACCUCAUCACUCACCAGGCCUCACACACUGGUGAGCGGCCUUACAAGUGCCCGGACUGCGGGCGCGCCUUUGGGCGCAGCGCCCAUCUGGUUACCCACCAGCGCACUCACACUGGGGAGCGACCCUACCGCUGCCACCAAUGCGGCAAGGGCUUCAGCCAGAGCUCCACCUACAUCCAGCACCAGACCACCCACACCGGUGAGCGCCCGUACAAGUGCCCGCAGUGUGGCAAGGCCUUUAGCCAGAACUCCAACCUGCUCACCCACCAGCGCAUCCACACCGGUGAAAAACCUUACCGCUGCCACCAAUGCGGCAAGAGCUUCCGGCAGAGCUCAGGCUAUCUGCAGCACCAGAGGACCCACACAGGGGAGCAGCCAUACCGUUGCUCUGACUGCGACAAGGGCUUUGCAGAGAGCUCAAAGCUGAGAAUACACCAGCGCACGCACACCGGGGAGCGGCCGUACCGUUGCUCCGACUGCGACAAGGGUUUUGCACAGAUUGCAUAUCUGAGAAUACACCAGCGCACGCACACCGGAGAGCGGCCGCGCUGCUGCCCCCACUGUGGCAAGAGAUUUGCGCACAGCUCAAGCCUGAGAACACACCAGCGCACGCACACCAGGGAGCGGCCGUACCACUGCACUGACUGCGGCAAGGACUUUGCAGAGAUUGCACACCUGAGAAUACACCAGCGCACGCACAACGGGGAGCGGCCGUACCGCUGUGCUGACUGUGACAAGAGCUUUGCACAGAUCGCACACCUGAGAAGACACCAACGCACGCACACUGGGGAGCUCCCACACCACUGCGCUGAGUGCGGCAAGGAUUUUGCACAGAUUGCAUAUCUGAGAAUACACCAGCGCACGCACACCGGGGAGCGGCCGUACCGCUGUGCUGACUGCGACAAGGGCUUUGCACAGAUCGCACACCUGAGAAUACACCAGCGCACGCACAGCGGGGAGCGGCCGUACCGCUGCAUCAGCUGUGGGAAGAGCUUUGCAGAGAACUCGAAGCUGAGAAUACACCAGCGCACGCACACUGGGGAGCGGCCGUAUUGCUGCACCAACUGCGGCAAGAGCUUUGCAGAGAGCUCAAGCCUGAGAAUACACCAGCGCACGCACACCGGGGAGCGGCCAUACCGCUGUGCUGACUGCGGAAAGGACUUUUCACAGAUCGGACACCUGAGAAAACAUCAGCGCACGCACACGGGAGCGGCCGCAUCGCUGUGACGAUUGCGGCAAGAGCUUCAGCAAUGCCAGUAUGCUGACAAACCACCAACACAUACUCACACCGGGGAGCGGCCGCACCGCUGUGCAUACUAUGGUAAGAGAUUCAGCAAUGCCAACAAGCUGACCCAGCACCAGUGCAUAAUCUCAUACCUGAGAGCACACCAGGGAGCGGCCAUACAGCUGUCAUGAUUGCGGCAAGAGCUUCAGCACCACUGAUGCCUCAUCAGUGCAUGCACACCGUGGCCAGCCAUUCCAAUGCACUGACUGCGGCAAGAGCUUGCCCAGAGCUCACUCCUGAGAAUACACCAGCGCAUUCACAGCAGGGAGCGGCUGUACAGCUGUGCUGAUUGGCAAAC